AUGGAGAAGGUGACCGCCCGCGGACUCGACCUCCUCUCACUCCGCUUUGAAUUCUCGAACGCGAUUGGCGUAUGGUAUUCCGGGUGGGAAGCAUCCAGAUAUUUUGAAGCAGAUGCAGCAAGCUCAAAGCCUCCAUUUGUAAUGGUCCAGCCACCCCCUAAUGUGACGGGGGUGCUUCACAUAGGCCAUGCAAUCACAGCAGCUAUUGAGGAUGCUAUGAUUCGCUGGCGGAGGAUGUCAGGUUACAAUGCAUUAUGGGUUCCUGGAAUGGACCAUGCUGGCAUAGCUACACAGGUGGUGGUCGAGAAAAAACUCAUGCGUGAGAGGAAUCUAUCAAGGCAUGAUAUAGGACGUGAGAAUUUUUUAUCUGAGGUCCUCAAAUGGGAAGACCAGCAAGGUGGUACCAUACUGAAACAGCUUCGCAUGCUUGGGGCUUCACUUGAUUGGUCACGUGGGUGUUUUUCAAUGGAUGAGCAGAGAUCAAAAGCUGUGACCGAGGCUUUUGUUAGGCUGUAUAAGGAUGGCCUAAUUUAUAGGGCUCAUCGUCUUGUGAACUGGGAUUGUGCACUUCGAACAGCAAUUUCUGAUAUUGAGGUUGACCAUAAGGAUCUUACAGGAGAGACUUUGUUAGAGGUUCCUGGUUAUAGAUCUCCAGUGCAGUUUGGUGUUUUGAUAUGUUUUGCCUAUCCUCUAGAAGAAGGUAUUGGUGAAAUUAUAGUCGCAACAACGCGGAUAGAAACGAUGCUUGGUGAUACUGCCAUUGCUGUUCAUCCGCAGGAUGAAAGAUAUAAGCAUUUACAUGGAAAAUAUGCCCUGCACCCUUUCAAUGGCCGAAAACUCAAAAUUAUUUGUGAUGCGGAGUUAGUGGAUCCUAAUUUUGGUACUGGUGCUGUCAAGAUUACACCAGCUCAUGAUCCCAAUGACUUCAAGGUUGGGGAACGGCAUAACCUUGAGUUCAUUAAUAUUUUCACAGAUGAUGGGAACAUAAAUGAAAUGGGAGGCUCACAAUUUGCAGGGAUGCCACGUUUUGUUGCUCGUACUGCUGUUAUCGAUGCAUUGAAGGAUAAGGAUCUGUACCGAGGCACAAAGAAUACCGUGACAAGCUUGAGUCUUUGUUCAAGAUCUAAAGAUGUUGUGGAGCCAAUGAUGAGGCCCCAGUGGUUUGUUAGUUGUAACUCUAUGGCAAAGGUAGCUCUUGAUGCUGUCAAAUCCAAAAAGAUUGAGAUCAUUCCACCACAAUAUGAGCAAGACUGGUAUAGAUGGCUUGAAAACAUAUGUGAUUGGUGUAUUUCAAGACAACUUUGGUGGGGACACCGCAUACCUGCUUGGUAUGUAACACUAGAAGAUGACAAAGAGAAAGAUAUGGGUAGUUACAGUGACCACUGGAUUAUUGCAAGGAAUGAAAAUGAUGCAAUCUUGGAGGCAAAGCAGAGGUAUCCAGCAAAGAAAUAUCAGUUAGAUCAAGAUCCUGACGUCUUGGACACAUGGUUUUCAUCUGGCCUCUUCCCAUUAAGUGUACUUGGUUGGCCAGAUGAUAAACCUGAUCUUAGUACUUUCUACCCUGGUUCUGUCCUUGAAACUGGAUCCGAUAUCCUAUUCUUUUGGGUAGCACGGAUGGUGAUGAUGGGAAUGCAACUCGGCGGGGAUGUUCCAUUUCAGAAGGUUUACUUGCAUCCCAUUGUCCGUGAUGCACAUGGCCGUAAGAUGUCCAAGUCACUGGGAAAUGUCAUUGAUCCCAUUGAUGUAAUAAAUGGCAUAUCACUGGAAAAUCUUCAGAAAAAGUUGGAAAAUGGCAACCUGGAUCCAAAAGAGUUAGAGAAGGCAAAAGAUGGCCAGAGGAAGGAUUUUCCUGACGGAAUUCCAGGAUGUGGUACUGAUGCCCUUCGCUUUGCCCUGAUUUCCUAUACUUCUCAGUCUGACAAGAUAAACCUGGAUAUCAAAAGAGUGCAUGGGUAUCGACAGUGGUGCAAUAAGCUGUGGAAUGCCAUUCGUUUUGCGAUGAACAAGCUUGGAGAGCAGUACAGGCCACCAGCAACUGUUGAUGUGUGUUCUUUGCCACCAGUCUGCAAAUGGAUACUCUCAGUACUUAACAAGGCUAUUGGCAAGACUGUGACAUCAUUAGAAGCAUAUAAAUUCUCUGAGGCCACAUCCUCUAUAUACUCGUGGUGGCAGUACGAGCUCUGCGAUGUAUUUAUUGAAGCAAUAAAACCUUAUUUCAAUGAAUCUCAAGAGUUUGAAUCUGCAAGAGGUGCAUGUAGAGAUACACUAUGGGUAUGCUUGGAGAUUGGUUUGCGCCUGCUACAUCCAUUCAUGCCUUACAUAACUGAGGAGCUUUGGCAGCGUCUUCCUCAGCCUAAAGAGGCUUGGAGGAAAGAUUCCAUUAUGAUAUCAGAAUACCCCUCAGUUGUUCAGAAAUGGACAAAUGAAAAUAUUGAGGAUGAAAUGGAGAUUGUGUUAGAUAUCGUGAACAAGCUACGAUCACUUCGGCCAUCAACAGAUACAUAUGAAAGACGUCCUGCCUUUGUGCUCUGCCGAAGCUUCGAGACUGUAGCCACCAUUCAGCGCUACCAUUCCCAAAUUACAACGCUUACAUCUGUAUCGUCUCUGAAGAUCCUGACAGAGGAUGAUCCGACUCCACCUCACUGUGCCACACAUAUCGUAAACAAGGAUCUAUCCGUGUACCUCCAGCUUCGGGGAGCUCUGAACACUGAAGCCGAGCGCGAGAAACUAAGGAGAAAGAGGGAGGAUAUCCAAAGGCAACACGACACCUUGUCGCAGAAAAUGAAUGCUUCGGGCUACCGCAAGAAGGCUCCGCAGAGGAAGCAAGACGAGGAUACGAGGAAAUUCGCUACUUUGUUGGGGGAACUCGAGAUCAUCGACGAGGUUGAGAGUAAGCUAGACGCAAACAACUAA